ACCAAAGGACCAAAAUCGAUAAUUCAACCUCAAGUCGAAGGGCAACUUUCGUCAACAAUUAUCCGAUCAAUCCGAGACCAAAACCAAAACCCCCAAAUCCAAUCUCCACAAUCGCCGGCGAUCGAUUCAACGAUGACGAUGAGCGUGAGCUUCGCCGUCGGCGUACUCGCCGUUCUGAUGCUUCUACACGCUGCUUAUCAAACCAUUCAAUAUAGGGCUUUGCUUAAGAUCACUGAAGAUGAGUUUACUGGACCUCCUUUUGAAGUGCUGGUUGAGUUGGUGUUAGUGAUGAUUUUGAGUUUGUUUGCUGGAUUGACGGUGCAGGGAAAUUUCCGGUCUAUUUUACCCGAUGCCGAUGAGAAUAGGGUGGUGUCUCUACCCUCGAACAUGAACUUUAUGAUCUUCAAUCAUCGUGGAAGGGCAUUCCCUACGGAAACCGGCUUGAAGCUCAAGUGAAAAGGACUAGACAUCUUUUUAUCAUGGUAAUUGUAAUCUGUCUUUUGUAGCAUCCAUUUCAUGGAUCUUAGAGAAACUUGUAUUGUACUAGACAGACAAUAGCUCGAAAGUUACUUGUUCUUUGAUGUUAAAAACGAUUUGAAUUCUCUGUUUUGGUUAGUUAUUUUGUUCACAGCACAUUUCAGUUA